UUUUUUUUUUUUUUUUUCGGGGAAUGCGGGCCUGUGUUUUUCGACCAGCGAUCGCCGAUAUUGAUUAAAAGUGCCGCACACACACGCUGAGGGUUUGUUGAGCGAGAGGCGCUCGCCUAAUGAACGACGAGGAGUCGCGGGCGCCGAUGUUUUGUUGGGUUCUAUUAUUGCGCAGCGCGGCGCACAACAAGCGCGGGUAAACGUUAGGAGCGAGAGAGAGAGAGCGAAAAAGGGCUUUUAAUUAAAGAGCGCAAAGUUAUCUGUUCAUAAAAGAUGACUGCGCGCAGCGGCUUAGACUGGCGAAACGAGGGCCGUUAAGUGCAGUCUCUCAUUGGCCGCGCGCGUAAGAGUCGUGAAACGUAAAAGCCGCGCACACAGGAGCUUCGCCCCAUACCUUAUAUAUAUAUAUAUAUCUAUACUAUAUAGCGGUGGCGUAGAGUCGCACUUAUAGCAAACAGCAUACGCGUAGCUACUUACACGCGGGCAGACUCCGCACUCUAGAGCUCGGGACCGCGUCAAAUUUGUAUUGAAUUUCCCACUCGACGCAUUGGAUGUCGACUAACCCCUUUGUGUCACCUGACGCCAUUGCGGGCUUACGAUGGGGGAACAUUGCUUUUUCGGCCCGAGAACUCGAAGAAAAGCCGCUGACGUAUAAUACGAGCGACAUUAAAGCGGCUUUAUCGCUCGCUUCGGCACGCCUCGGGCCUCGUAAACAGCCUGCAGUUCUCGCGAGCGCGCUCUGCAGCCGCACGCGGCAAUCCCAGUCCCAACAUGACCGGUAACGCUCGAUUUUUCCGCUGCGUCAUCCUGCUGCUGAUCGCCCUUCGAGCGUCCGAUGCGAUCGAGUCGUCGACUCUCAGCACCACCUCUAGCAUCGGCGGCAUCGCGACCAAGAUCGUCAAAAUCAUCAACCACGCGACCGACGGCGUGCGCUACCUCAACCGAAAGCUCAGCGACCUGGCUUACCGGGGCGAGAACACCAAGCGACUCAUCGACGAGGUCGGGAGCAGCAUGCUGGACGAGCUGCGCUACCUGUCCCAGAGGAGGGACCAGUUCAGGGUCGACGUGGAGAACUUCAAGAACAACGUCAUCAGCAAGAUCGACAAGCUCGUGCCCGCGCUCGUCGAGCUCAACCGAAGGUUCUCCGUCGUGUUCGUCAAUUCGAUGAACGUCGACAAGGUCUACGACACCUUUUACGAGUACCUGAAAAACCCCGGCAAGUACAAGAGCGACGUCGUCGUGAAAUUCGCCCUCGACUCCGUGGCCGAGGACAACUGCGGCCUGCUCCACCUGCUCACGGAGAUCGACUCGCUUCUCACUCUGGAGGAGACGUCGACGCCCAGCACCAUCAAGUUGCUCAAUCAGCACAUCCAGCUAUUUUUGCGGCUCACCAACGUCGCCCAAAGUCCUCAGCAGUUUCUCUACAACUUCCUCAUAUCCGUGCUCUACACCCAAAUGAAGGCUUACAUAACGAUCAAGUACAGCUUCGAGGUGCUGGAAUCGCAUGAAACCGGUCCGUACUCGGGGCACAUAAAGAGGUUGGAGCAAGACGUCGCCCUGAGGAUCAACAAAACCAUCGGCACCUUCAAGGUAGCCAUGGCCAACGUGCCCAGAGAAAUUUGGGAGAACAAUCCGCCCCAACACGUAGAAGACGUCACCUUCGCCGAACUGAAGAACGUCUUCCAGUCGUACGUGAUCAACGAAGCAGAUUUCAAGAAAGAGGGCAGUUGCGGUCAUACGUGCAAGGAUUUCAAACUGGCUCUAGCCGGGCUGGACUGCUACUACGACAAGCAGUUUUGCAAGAAACAUCAACGAUGCUCCGGUACUCUGCACGACUGCGUUCACCAAUUCGACGAGGAGAUGUUCGUUUGCUUGGAGGAAAAAAAUAGCACCAGAAGAUACCAGUACAUCGACGUCGGAUACCAGAGGUAUGGACUGGAGGACAAAUCGUGCCCGUCCAAAGCGAUAGAGCUGGAUCGUCACUACUCGGCCCACAAUAUGGCGUACUGCGAUUCUUGCAUGUGCCUUUGCGACGACGAUGCCCACCCGAAGACGGAAAGAUAUUUCAGCCUGAUAUCCAGUAUCGCGGCUGUUAAGGAAAAUUAUGUUCUCACGGGAGCGCGAUUGGUAAAGCGCGAAAGAACGAUCCACGUCCAGAUACAACAGGGUCAGCUGCUACCGUACGGUCACGUGAACGAAAGCACCGUUGAGUGGGUGCCGAUCAAAGCGGACGUCCUAGCGAAAGACGAGGUCUACAAAAUCAAAUGGCUCGGCUCAAGGACCGUAUUCCUAGACGACAUAGAAGUACCGAGGAACAACGUCGUUGUCGGUCUGGGAUUCAAGGCUCCUGAGCAGAACAACAUCAAAGUCUUGCGCCUCGUAGCUUACUCCGCUCCGAUGAAUUACUCCGCUGGAGUCUUGACCAGCGAAACGUACGAGAGCCAUUCUUCCGAAGAAUCCAGUGACGAAGUAGUCCUCGAGGAUCUGGACAUACCCACGCGCAGGUCGUCGCAGAUCGUUCAGAAAUCGGCGAAUCACCAGUACGUGAAAUUCCGCACCACCAGCCUCUUGACCGACGUAGGCCAAAGCACGAUUCCGUUCAUCGACAGCCAGAGCGUGACGACGAAUCCGGCCUCGCCCAUGUCCGGCGCCGGAAUCUAUCACAGACGUUCGUCCGGGGACGGGGGCUUCCUGGCCCUGAAACUCUUCACCUUCAACGUGGAGCCCGAGCUGCGGGCCGACAUCGUGGAGACCCAACUGGAAUUGAAUUAGAAACUAUUGUCGAUCCAAAAAGUUGUGUACAAGAGCACGAUAAUAAAUCCUGCGCACCUCGGCAUUA